AUUCCCGCCGCGGACAUCAUAAAGAACACUAACAAAAUCAAACCAAAACAUAAGAAAAUAUAUAAAACAUAUGAAAGGGAACACAAUCAUACACAAACUAUCUACAUUAGAUUAUAUGAAAAGAUACAUCAAUUGUUAAACACAGAUACACGUUACAUACGCCAAGAUGUCGUUCAAAUCGGUGGUCACUAUGGAAAAGCCCCUGGCUCACAUCUCGCUGGCCGACUGGAAGUACCGCGUCGGCUGUCUCAGCAGAGUGGCCAAUGCUCGACUAGCAGAUACCGCGGUCAUACGCAGAACAUCUCGCAUAUUGCAAAACGAGACGCAAAUCGAGCAGAAAUGGGCGACUCAUGACUCGAACCAAGCAAUGACUGAGCGCAUUGCCGAACUGGAUAACUGGUAUGCAAUCAUUUCGAAGUCGGCCGAACGGAUCGAUAAUGAGAUCAAGCUUUUGCAGCUGGAGAAGACUUUGACCGAGCGCGAAUUGGAUGCGCUCGCUGAGCCCAUCGCUGUCAUCAGCGACAUGAUCUCCAGCCGAGAUGGUCGACUCGGCUCCGAGAUGACGUACGAUGAGCCCGAUACGGAGAUAAAAAACGAGCUGAUCAUCAUGGAGAACAAUCAGGAAUUGUUGGCAAAGUGUUGUAAGACGGCUUGGGAGAAGAUGAACGUGCUUGCUGAUGUACGCACCAAGAUCAGCAUUGAGCUUGAAGAUAAAACAGAGGCAGCCCUUUUGGAUAGGGCGCAGCGAGAGCUAGAUUCGAAUUCAACAUAUAUAUCCCAUAAGCCGGAUCCGAGGCGCUUGCCCAAAAACUUUUACUCUUACCAGAGCUGGUUGGAUCAUACCAAGAGCAUCAAGCGCAUGGCCGAGAACGAACUGGCAGAUACAGCUGCAAUGCGGGAAUCGCUCUUCGUUUGCCGUCAGAAGGCAAUUACUCUACUACAAGCCCAACAGGAGCGCACAGAGUUCAUCAUCCGAAAACGCAUAUUCGAGACGCAGCAGGCACGCAACGAGCUGGAGUUCCAGCUGACCAAGAUGAAAGACGGUAUGCAGGCUGCGCAGAAGGAUAUUGAGGAAUUGGAAAACUCGCUGCAGGAAAAGACAAACAGCUUAAAGCUGGCCGAGACCCGCCUCGAGAAUCGUGCACAGCGGCGCAAUGCAGAACUCUGCCUGGAUACGCCCUAUGACGUGCUUUGUGUAGAGGUGGAGAAACAGCUCGAGAUCCGACGUUGUCUUCAGGAAAAAAUGGAUGAGACUAGAGCUAACUUCAAUCUGUUAGGCCAACAUACACAAAAACUUACUGUGGAUUUAGAAAAGAAAGAUCAUGCGCUAAUGACCGACAAACGGACGCUUGCCAUACGUCAAGCAUUCAAGGACAGGCAAAAGGGAACGGAAGUGAUCAAUCCGUGUGCCCAAACUGAUUAUAAUAUUCAAAUCACAAAUACGCAGGACAUUAUUCCCAAGACGUAAAUGUGUGCGUUGACAAUACUCUGACUAAGAAAGGGUCAACAAG